AUGGGAACGAUGGACAAGCAGAGUGCUGUGGAUUACAUCAACCAGAUGUUCCCUACAGAGGCAUCUUUAUCUGGUAUCGAGCCACUUAUGCAGAAAAUACAUAGUGAAAUUUGUCGAGUAGAUGCUGAAAUUUUAGCAGCUGUUCGCCAACAGAGUAACUCAGGAACCAAAGCAAGGGAGGAUCUUGCUGCAGCUACCAGUGCUGUGCAGGAACUCAUGUAUAAAAUUCGGGAAAUUAAAACCAAAGCAGAGCAAAGUGAGACAAUGGUUCAGGAAAUAUGCCGUGACAUUAAGAAACUGGAUUUUGCAAAGAAGCACAUAACAACUACAAUUACUGCCCUUCAUCGUCUUACCAUGCUAGUCUCUGCUGUAGAGCAACUUCAAGUCUUGGCUUCAAAAAGACAAUACAAGGAGGUAGCUGCACAACUAGAGGCUGUGAACCAGUUAUGUAGUCAUUUUGAAGCCUACAGAGAUAUUCCAAAAAUCACAGAGCUGAGAGAGAAGUUUAAGAGCAUAAAACAAAUUCUCAAAUCUCACGUGUUCUCAGAUUUUUCCAGUUUAGGUUCUGGGAAAGAGACGGAGGAAAACAAUUUACUACAGCAGUUAUCAGAUGCUUGCUUAGUCGUUGACGCUUUGGAGCCAUCAGUGAGGGAAGAUUUGGUGAAGAACUUUUGUAGCAGGGAGCUUACUUCAUAUCAACAGAUUUUUGAAGGAGCUGAAUUAGCAAAACUGGAUAAAACAGAAAGAAGAUAUACUUGGAUCAAGCGUAGGUUAAGAACCAAUGAGGAGAUUUGGAAGAUUUUCCCAUCUUCAUGGCAUGUUCCCUACUUGCUCUGUAUCCAAUUCUGCAAGCUGACAAGGACACAACUCAUGGAGAUUCUUAAUAAUCUUAAAGAAAAGCCAGAUGUUGGGACAUUAUUGCUGGCACUACAGCGAACAUUGGAAUUUGAGGAGGAGUUGGCGGAGAAAUUUGGUGGUGGAAGUCAAAAUAGAGAAACGGAAAAUGACAGUGGGGAACUACAUGAAGGGGAAAAUACUAGUCAUGCUAUUUCAGACAUUCGGAAGAAAUACGAGAAAAAGCUUGCCGCACAUCAUGGAAGUGGAAAUGAGGAACACGAUCAACACAGAGAUUUAACAUUGCCUGGAGCUGGGUUCAAUUUCCACGGGAUCAUUUCAUCUUGCUUUGAACCUCACUUGACAGUAUAUGUAGAACUGGAAGAGAAGACUCUUAUGGAGAAUCUAGAGAAACUUGUCCAGGAAGAAACAUGGGAAACUGAAGACGGAAGUCAAACUAAUAUCUUGUCUAGCAGCGCACAGGUCUUUUCGAUAAUAAGGAGGAGCUUAAAGCGAUGCAGUGCUUUGACGAAAAAUCAGACACUGUUUAAUUUGUUCCAGGUGUUUCAAAGAUUUCUUAAAGCAUAUGCGACAAAGCUUUUCAUGAGAUUGCCCAAGGGUGGUACAGGAAUUGUAGCGGCUGCCACAGGAAUGGAUGGACAGAUAAAGACAUCUGAUAAGGAUGAACGUGUGAUCUGUUAUAUAGUUAGCACAGCUGAAUAUUGCCACAAAACGUCCGGCGAACUGGCUGAAAAUGUGUCCAAAAUAAUUGAACCUCAGUUUGUCGAUAUGAUUGAUACGUCUGAAGUACAGGACGAAUUCUCAGCAGUUAUAACGAAAGCCUUGAUCACUUUAGUGAAUGGUAUAGAGACUAAAUUUGAUGCUGAAAUGGCUGCAAUGGCACGAGUACCCUGGGGAACACUUGAAAGUGUCGGUGACCAAUCAGAGUACGUCAAUUCCAUAAACAUGAUUUUGACUACUAGCAUUCCUGUACUUGGAAGCCUUCUUUCUCCAAUUUAUUUCCAGUUCUUCCUUGACAAGCUUGCAUCUUCUCUUGGUCCACGCUUCUAUCUCAAUAUAUUCAAAUGCAAGCAAAUAUCAGAAACAGGAGCACAACAAAUGUUAUUGGAUACACAGGCUGUAAAAACUAUUCUUCUGGAUAUUCCUUCCCUUGGGAAACAGACAUCCGGAGCUUCCAGCUACUCGAAAUUUGUAAAUCGUGAGAUGAGCAAAGCGGAAGCACUACUGAAGGUAAUAUUGUCCCCAGUUGACUCCGUGGCAGACACAUAUUGCGCCCUGUUACCUGAGGGAACACUUGCAGAGUUUCAGCGGAUUCUGGAUCUGAAGGGCCUCAAGAGGACUGACCAGCAAAGCAUACUCGAUGAUUAUAACAAACGUGGAGCUAGAAGCACUCAACCAUCUAUCAAUUCAGUCGUGCCUGCUGUCUCCAGCACGUCCAUCGCACCAGUCCUGAGUAGUCCUGCCGCUCCUGGAAUCAUCUCAUCAGGAGAGGAAGUGCUAGCAAGAGCAGCUGCACUUGGAAGAGGUUUUUCUGCAACUGGAUUCAAGAAAUUUCUAGCUUUAACUGAAGCUGCUAAGGAUCGAAAAGACGGUACACUCAGGAAGUUCUUUGUUGGAUGA